GACCUCAUCUCUUUAGUUCAAGAAAGUGCUAAAAUGCACCUUCUGUAACCCCUCCCCAACACACACAUACACAGUACCCUUUUUAGCUAUUACCUAGCCUAGCAACGCUAAUCUAUUCCUCCAACGAGCCGGUCACGUAUCCUGGUCAGUUAAACGGCUGAAGGAGCGGUUUGUAGCCUAUCACCGGGCUUUCAUGUCUCGUUUGUUCCUGUCUGGCGCUGUCACCCUCUGUCAGCUGUACUGUCCCCGCCACACAGCCAGGUAAACACCGGGCGAGACUCAUGAAGACACUGCCGCUGUCCAUUUUCACAUGGAGGCUAGUUGAAUAACACACAGGAGCCGCGCGGAGCCCGAGUCAUCCAGCAGUCCUGUGUUGAUGGUGUUGGCCUGAAUACCUGCAGUGUCCCUUGUUGUGGACGCAUUUUAAAGUGCACCAUGGAUCUCUCAGCGCCUGCUCCAGUGGUCGCCUUCCUCCACUGACCUCGCUUCUUCUUCCUCAUCGCCCCUGUCUCUUCCUCCACCUUUCCCUCUCUCAUCUACCCCCCAUACUCCAUCCCUUACUACCUCACUUCCGUGACCUAAGGUGAUCACUCCGCCCCUCCUUCAACAUGGCAGGGGAGAAAGGGCCGACUAAGCGAAGUGCCAUGGACAUCAAGCGCCUGGCGAGCCUCAUCCAGAGAGGGACGGGCCGUUUGCUGGUGAUUGACAGCAGGACGUUUUCUGAGUACAAUGCGUCACAUGUGCAAGGUGCGGUCAAUGUCUGCUGCUCCAAGCUGGUGAAGAGGCGACUCCAGCAGGACAAGGUGUCUGUCACUGAACUGCUGCAACCUAAUGGCAAGGUGAAGGUGGAGAUGGGCAGGAAACAGGAAGUGGUGGUUUAUGACCAGAGCUCCAAAGAGGCAGGGCAUCUGUCCAAAGAUGGCUUCGUGCAUAUUCUCAUGGGAAAGUUGGAGAGCACCUUCCACAAAGUUUCCCUGCUCACUGGGGGCUUUGCUGCUUUCUCCUCCUGUUUUCCCGGCCUGUGUGAAGGGAAACCUGCCACUGCUCUACCUAUGAGCUUGUCCCAGCCCUGCUUGCCUGUGGCUAAUGUAGGGCCCACUCGCAUCCUGCCACACCUCUACCUGGGCUCACAGAAAGACGUCCUCAACAAGGAUCUGAUGGCUCAGAACGGUAUCACUUAUGUGUUGAAUGCCAGCAACACCUGCCCCAAGCCAGACUUUAUCAGCGAGAGCCACUUUAUGCGCAUCCCAGUUAAUGACAACUACUGCGAGAAAUUGCUUCCCUGGCUGGACAAAACUAAUGAAUUCAUAGACAAAGCUAAGGUGUCAAACUGCAGAGUCAUUGUGCACUGCCUGGCUGGAAUCUCGCGCUCAGCAACCAUCGCCAUUGCAUACAUCAUGAAGACAAUGGGCUUGUCAUCAGAUGAUGCCUACAGGUUUGUAAAGGACCGGAGACCAUCCAUAUCCCCCAACUUCAACUUUCUUGGUCAGCUUCUUGAGUUUGAAAAGGGUCUGCGAUUGCUGCAUGCUUUAACCUCUGAUGACAAGAUCUCUGAAAACAACACUAAGCAGAACUCGGAGGUUAAUGGUGUCAGCGCUGGUUUUGAGAUGAACGGUCAUCGUAGCAGCUAUGAAUCAUCUGUGACAGAGCCACACAUCCCACCAGAACCCAAACUGCCAUCACCCACCUCCCUUCAGCAAGGCUUCAAUGGCCUACACCUCUCUGCAGAGAGGAUCAUGGACACUAACCGGCUUAAACGCUCUUUCUCCCUGGACAUUAAGUCAGUCUACACCCCUAACAGUCCCCAUUGCCCCGGCCUUGCACCCACACACUCUGAAGACGUCCCCAAGCUGUGCAAGCUUGACAGCCCAGGAACAGGCACCUCAAAUGGUGUCUGCUCCCAGUCUCCCGUCCUAGACAGCCCCGGCUCCACAGAUUCACCCUUCCCCUCACCAGGCAGUGGAGGCAGCAUUGGAGGUUUGCGAGUUGGAGGAAGCGAAGGAGUUCAUCGAUCUGGUUCUUCCUCAUCCAGACCCAGGAGAAAACCUAAACACUGCUCCAGCAGUUCCCCAAUCCACUCCCAACCACAGCAACCUCCACAGUCUCUCAGCUUGUCACUUGACAACAAGAACCCCAGCCUGGAUGAGAACCUGAAGGGCUCCCUGCUCCUGUCACUACCCUCCGUGCCCACUGUGGGGUCUGGGGCCAUGUGGACCAAACACAGAGACACUGUCCAAGCCACCACUCCAGUCACACCUGUUACCCCCACUACAGAUGCUCCCUGGCACUUUGGGGCAGAGGAGGGAGGAAUGGAGCUUGGAGGGGGAGAGGAGUCAUCGGUGAGGUUUGGGAGUAGCUCGGCGUAUGUGGCAUUUGGAUGCAGUGAAGGUAUGCGGUUACAAGACAAAUCCCAGAGGGAGAAUCCCUCAGUGCCACAGACACAGAGAGACCACCGGGACUCCACGUCGUCAUCCACAGUGACCAUGUCCAACAGUGCAAACAACAGCGGGCCUAUGUCAGACAAGCAGUUCAAGCGACGCAGCUGUCAGAUGGAGUUCGAGGAGGGCAUCUCCGAGACGCGAUCAAGAGAAGAAUUGGGGAAGAUUGGGAAGCAGUCGAGCUUCUCUGGGAGCAUGGAGAUAAUUGAGGUAUCCUGACAGAUAAUGGACACGAUCCGAGCUGUCCCUUGGGGGAACAAAUGGAUGUGGUUAGAGGGAGUACAAGAAGAGGACAUAUGACAGGGAACAGAAGAAGCUUUUUUGUGCUCCCCUCACAGACAGUGUUAAAGACUCCAACUGAGAGAAGGUCACAUCGAUACACAAGCAAAGAGUUAAUGUGAAAAGGUUAGCAAGCAAGCUAGCAUUCGCACCUGGAUAGACAGAGCCUGUGAUGUGGUGCUUAGUAGACCAUAACUCUCAUACAAAUCUGAGGAAACAUCUGGGGGAGGGUGGGACACGGGGGUGACUGUAGGUACUGAAACUCUGAGCUCCGAAACGACCCGGGGCAGAUCUCUUGCUGCAUCCUUACUAUAUAGAAUAUCCCCAUUUUGACAGAGUUUGGACACAAACUGCUUGCCUGCUAACUAAUAUAGUGUGCAUCAGUGGGUGUAUAACUUGUGAUUUGAACCAAGCCCUGUGUUUCCUCCUGAAGCUUCACCCCAGUAUCAGAAAGCCUCUGAAACUCGCACGGCUACAUCCGCCCCGCCCCGCCCCUUCCCAGUGGCUCUGCCUGCUACAGACUCUGCAUAACAACAUCAGCGACAAUAACAGACUCCUUAACAGCACCGUCUCCUCACAUUACCACAGCACAGAGAGAUCCCAAGGACUUAAUCUAAUGGCGGUACUGUAUCCAAACAAUGAAGGAUCCUCAGCAUUUUGUUGCUGAAAAGACUGUGAGUUGAAGGCUUAGCGAUGGGCAGUGUCCCCCCCGUCCACCCCCCCACCUAAAGCACAGUGUGUCCUUCCUGACUUUGGCUCUUAUGUUUCCAGUGUUAACAGCGUGAUGGGACUGAGGUUUCGGGAUGGUGGUGAGGGUCCGCUAUAAAGGCCCUCUAGCCCCUUUAUAAACACCCCCCGCCAAACCCCUCCCACUGCUCCCAGUCACCACCUAUGGUCACCACUGAGCAUGCACCAGAAAGGCUGACUACAAACAGACAAAUACUAUAUAUACGAUAUGAAUAUAUAUAGCAAUUUUAAUGGACUUCUUAUGGACUUUUUUUGUUCAGUUAUAGUUUUAAUUUAUUGUAUUGGUUCAUUCUGGUAAUGAGAAAUAAUAUAAUGUUUUGUGGAUUUAUUUCUUUUUCUUUUGUUGAAUUAUUAUUAUUAUUAUUAUUUGCUGUAUGGUAUUUAUGAACACACACAAACAAAUACACACAUUCAGCAAAAUCAAACAAGCAAUAUGUGCUGUUCCUUCUGUGGAGAGAGUGAUUUAUGACAUUGAAAUGCACUUUUAUGCUUUCCGAUAACCAAGUUCAGUUACACCUCACACCCUGACAAAAUGAAACUCUGAAAACCAAUCGUUCGGUUUAGUCAAUACAAAUAUAGAGCCUCUGUUUUUUAGAGAAUGAUAUAGACAUCCCACUAGUGAGAUCUUUAGGAGCAGGCUUACUGAAGUCUGUAUUCAUGGAUUUGUCACAGUUGAGAGCAAAGGUGUUAACUAAAAAGGUUUGUUUGACUUGUGCAGAGGAAGACAAAGAUCACGUAUAUACAAUAAAACAUUUUCUUCCAGUUCAAUGAGAGCUUGCGUAACAAUUAUAUGCAAGCAGAUGCACGCUCUUUCACAAGUUUGAAAUUUAUAGACUUGCACUGAGUGUCCUCUCCGAGCCAGCACCAGUUCGUUAUCAUCAUCAUUAUCAUAACGCGUCCCACCAAAGCUGAAACCAACACACACACGCACACACACACACACCCCUACACCCUAUAUUGUAUGCACUUAAGUAUAUUUUCACACAUGUAAAACUUAGGCCCUACACACCCUUUUGUUCAUUCUCAGGGGAACUUUCAGUGAGCCAAGCCCAGCACAGGGUACACAGCUGCUGGUACAUCAGCACAAUGCAUGUCCAUAAAGCUCCCUCGCUCUCUCUUUCUCUGUUUUUUUUGUUUUUUUGUUUGUUUGUUUGUUUGUUUUUUUGCUCUUGUUUCUUAUUUUCCAAAGCUUCGAUAAACACAGCAUAACAACAUGGAAAGAAAAAAAAAAACAGGAUCUUCAUAUUUUCAGCAGAAAGAAAUGAAAACUUUGCUCCCCUGGUGCGAGAUGGUUAUUUAUUUAUGAUGUAAAAUGUGUUUAUUUUUUCCUUUGACCCUACCCUUGAUUAGCUUUUUUUCUCUGGUGAUCUCUGACCUUUGACCCUGGGCUGCUGCAGCUACAGACAGUUCAGAUAGACUCCUUCCCGUGAUGCUCAAGCAACCUCUCCUCUCCUCAUUGUCCUCCCUGAAUUUUUAAGAAAUGUCGUUAGAAUUAUUUAUGACAUGUAACAAAGAUGAUGCAGGCUGUCCCAUUUGCUAAAAUUGUUCUUAUCUAUUAUGAUUAUUAUUAUUAUUAUGUUGUUGUUGUUGUGUAAAUAGCAACGCAUCUAAGAACACUGAUGAAUUUAGUUGAGUUUUUAAAAAAAAAAAAAAUAUCCUGAUACCUUAGGCUGCUUGAUGCAAAAAUACCUCAGGUUCUAUUGAAAGGCUUUUCCUUCCCCUGUACAUGUUUUGUGAAAAUGAGACAAAAAUACAGACAUGACAAAAUUA